GCGGAUGGAAUGUUCGUGGGAAGGACGUUCGAUGUGAUGCUGAAAUUCGAAGAACGCUCAUGGAUGAGAAUAUGAACGUGCUGAUGGUUCACAGCUCCAUGAAAACACAUGAGGCGAUGGGAGCUGUGGGCUGAUGCAAGCUGUGUCGACAUUCAAAGAGGAAGCGAUGGUGAGAGGACUGUCAUCCAGGUCGCGCAAUGCUACGAAGACUGGCCGAAAGCAGUGGACUGACGACGGGGGAUGGCAGAGCCCGCCUUCGGAAUCCCGCACAGAGCCUCGGUCUUUUCCUCACGAUGUCAAAGAAGCCUGUUGGCAACAAGCUGAGGUCGUCAAAGGCCGUGAUCCGUCGCGGUGGCGCCGAGACGCCCUUGGAAACCUAGUGUUCAGAAAGCUCGUUGCUUGUCGAGGUUGCCUCUGUUACAAUUUCGAUCACGUUGUACCGUACUCUCAGGGAGGCAAGAGUGUUCUCGAGAAUUGCCAAGUUUUGCAGACUGCCGCCAAUUCCGCGAAAGGUGCCCGAACCAACGUUUCAGAAACAGAGCUGAUGCAGAAGAGCGUCUAUUGCCGGCUGGCAAACCGAGACAUGGACAUGAUGGAAUUGUCAGCGUACGGGGACGUGCACCGUGAGAGUGAGAAAUCUCUUGGAGGAUGCCGGAUACAGUGACUAGAUGCAGUCACCAUUUUUUCCUAUCUUCCUGUCUGGAGACCAUGAAUUUGUGUCACAUCCAGUGGGACAAAUCGAUACCCUUGUUAGGUUACAGUGCAUUUGUAGAAAGUCAAUUGGGCCAAAAUCACCAGAGAGUGGUGGCAGAGAUGCGAUUUUUAUGUUGUUCUUGUGUCCACAUUUUGUACUAUCAAUCAAGCAGUCCGACAUUAAUGUAAGUUUUCCUUAAUCCAAGCAUCAAAACUCUUUUCCAGAGCG